GGUGCUCCCGCGCAGACCGCACAGCAUCCGCGAUCAGUCGCGCGCCACUUCGCGCAUGUGUGGUGCGCAUCAUAAACAAAUCAUGCUUGCGUGACGUUACGGCUGAUUAGUGCAUAGUUUAAGUGUUGUGUGUGUAAUAGAAGACCAACAAGGUUACUUUAAGAAGAACAGAAAUAACUGUAGUCAAGAAACGUACAGUGGACAAACACAAUGACUCAAUGGACUUGGAGACAUAAUGCGUCCUGCUGCAUCGGGCAUCUUCGGAAAGGCGAUGAGUCAUCUGAACUCUUCGCGAGGUCAUGGCGAGGGACAGUGUCACCCCUGUUCUGGAGGCUGCCGAUCCUGCUCUGGGCGCUGGUAGUCAUCAGCUGGUCGGGUGCCGGCUUCUGGGGACCGCCGGAGAUGUUCUUCCUGUAUAUGACGCAUUGGGGGCUGACACUGAUUCUGGUGGAAUCUUUGUUUGGAGUCGUAGUUACGAUUAUGAAGCAUUGUGGGACAUUGCCUGAUGCAACGUUUGGUCUACCGUGGUAUGUCAAGACUUACUGGGUCCUGUACAACAUCACCAUUCCUGUCGCUUUUCUCAUCACUAUAUUCUACUGGGGCGUUCUAAAAACAUCUGGAAGAAUGGUGAACUACGCCCCAAACCCAGUGCUGGACGUGAUGCUGCACGGCGUCAACUCGCUGGUGAUGCUCGUGGAGCUGGUCGCGUCGGCGCACCCCUCGCGGCUGGUACACAUCAUGCAGCCGCUGUACUUCGCGCUGGCCUAUCUGCUGUUCUCUGUUGGAUACUAUGCGGCUGGUGGCUUAGACCCAUGGGGUAACCCUUUUAUUUAUCCCGUGAUCGACUGGUCGAAGCCGAACCAGACGAUGGUGGUAGUAACGUUGACUGCACUGUUCCUGGCCCUGAUGCACAUCCUUACUGUUGGGAUUGCUUCGCUACGUGACCUCAUCUCGCGAAAGUACAUCAGAGAUUCUACAGGAGUUUAUAAUGACGGAUUCAAGGCUUGAAAGCUAAAUGCGAAAAAGUGAAGAACUACGUGUUCCUAAGUGUAACUUGAAUACGUGUAAACUGACGUAUAGAUUUGCAGAUCCAAUAAGCAUUGGUGCUUGUCGUGCUAAUAUGUGCUUUACUUAGACUUAGAACACUAUUUAUACCAAAUAAGGGCCUCCCGGCCGUCAAUGUGUCACGGACUCAUAUUCCUAAAGGUGUUGUACGUAUUUUUCCUCAUUAUGUUCGACCCCGUUGUACGCCAAUGCCAAACUACCUAUACAGCGCCUUAUUCGUAUAUAUGAACGCCUGAUGGUUUAGUUAGGUAAUACUUACUUAGUUAAAUUUACUACAGGGCGGUCUUUACUCUUUAAGACUUGCAUUGUUGCUACCUAGCGAAGUUUUCGUGAGCGAAGAAUUCAAUGAAAGUAAAUAAAGAGUCUAGGAAAAACCAAGUAAAACAUAUUUUUAGAUUUGUAUUUAAAAUGGUUCUUGUUUAGGUACUGUUAUCAUUUGUUGCUCUGAAAAUAGGCUACUUAAUUAGUUAUUUCUUAACUCCUUUUUAAAUUUUAAGUUACGAUAUUGUCACUAUUGUGUACAUACAUACAUUUUGCCAUACACGUAGUACGAUUAUGUCAUAAAAUAUACUACCUAAGGUAGUUGAUCCCCUGGACUCUUCAAGUAUCAUAUUUAUCUAAUACUUAAAAUAACAAUGAAAGUUGUUUACCAUAACUCUCACGCUACGUUCAUUGGCUAGUAUAAACAAUAUGAACAUAGACAAAGGAUUAUACUUAGACGCGAAAGAACUGAAAAGUGGAAAAUAUUGUAGCACGAAAUUGAACUGCUCAAAUAGUUGGCGUUCUAAUUGUACGGCUACUUUAUGCGGUGACCAGGGGGUCUAGCCAAGAUUUCAAUCAUUGAUAGAAAAUACCAAUCGAAACAUAGCACAGUAACUAUGGAGUGUGGAAUUAAAAGGAGUGAAAUCUCUUAUGGUAGAACUGUUGCAAAAAUAUCCAGCUUUCAGCUAUAAAUAAUAGUUCCAAAUCUCUCCAGAGUAGCGCUAGAGUAACUAAGAACCUAGGCAUUAUUGAGGAAGUGAAGUGAGCUAUGAUUU